AGUCACUUCCUCUGAGAGAGAGAAGGGAGGAAGGAGAGGUAAAGAAAAGAUAGAGAGACACAUAGAAAGAGUGGAGAAGAGAGAGAAAGAGAGAAGGAAGCCAUUUUGGUUCCUCAGUGGCCUGCACUCUGCUUUCUUCUUUCUGGUUUCUUUGCUCUGGAGAGACUCUCGGAGAGGCGAGCGUUUGGUUUUUCUGUUUUUCGCAGGAAGGAGCGAGGAGCGAGGUCGAACGGGGGAAGCAGGACGAGGCUGCGAGGCUGAAAAAGUGUCCGUCGCUGACUCAGAUGGUCGUCUGCUCUCGGCAGUGUUCGGUUUGACAGCAGCUGCACGGACGUGGUGUCUUUAAGGAGGACGCAGGAUGAGCUCGGACCGGGUGCCGUCCAGGUCUGAGGUGAUGGGGUGGAGUCCGCAGCAGCUGGCAGACUACCUGAAGAGGAUGAACCUGUCCGGCUGUGAUAAAGCCGUGUUGAAGAACUCCAUCAGUGGAUCCAGAUUCGUGAAUCUGAGUGAUAACGAUCUGCAGAAGUUCCCCAAACUUCACGCUCCGAUGAUCUCUAAGAUCAGCACUGAGAUCAGUAAGAAGGAGGAGAAACGAGGCCUCUUCGGUAAAAAACCGACUCCCAAAUAUCAUGAACCAGAGACCGCGGCUGACGUUCAGGGUUGGGCUGAAGACGAGUUUGAUGAAGAGUUUGAUGAUGACUAUGAGAGUCCGUACAGCGGCGAUGAAGACGGCAGCGGAGACUACGAGUCCCCAAAUGAUGACGCAGACGGGUCCAACGAUUACGAACCUCCUCCCUCCGAACCUCCAGACGACCUGCCGAUGGGCAGAGUGUUCCCCACCAUUCCCAUCGGGGAAGAUCAAUAUAUAGAUAACGUGUCAUCCAGAAGCGGGCCCCCUGCUCUGUGUCCCCGGCCCCCAGUCUCCAUCCCUCUCUCCCCGGAUGCCCGGAGAGUCCUCCUCGUCCAGGUUGAGAGACCACUCCCGAGACCGGCAGGGAAACUUGCUUCGGGGCCGCCGCAGAUCUUUCGUGACAACAAACCGGGCAAAGGUUCAGGAUCCAACCCGUCCCCCAUCAGAGGAUCUCACCCCAACACACCCGGCACACAACCUUGGAAGUCUCAGCAGGACGUACCGGAUCCUCCUACCUGGUCCAAACCUCCUGUUCUUCCUCCCUCCUCUACCUCCGUCAGCAGGAGUAACUCCUCAGCCAGACCUCCUCCUGGCAGGCUUGAUGGACGGAGAGAGCAGCAACAUGAUGAAGCUCCUAAACACAACACCUUCCCCCUCCACAAUAAAAGUCUGCCCCCCCGCCCCGGAAUUCCCGGGCCCCCCUCACGCCACGGAGACAGUCUGCCUCCCAGUGUUCCCUCUGGAGGAUCUCUGCCUCACAAACUGCAGUCUGCGCUGGCUGAACAGAGAGGAAGCUUUGUAGCAUCAGACAGACAGUCAUUUCGUCCACCGGCGCCCUCAACAGGAAGCGCACAGGGGCUGGACCCUCGUUGGUAUGUGGGUAAAGUGACCCGAGGUCAGGCAGAAGGAUGUCUGAAGCGAGUCUGCAAGGACGGGGCGUACCUGGUGAGGGACAGCACCCGGCAGCUGGCCAACCAGCCCUUCACCCUGAUGGUGUUCUACCAGGACAAAGUCUACAACAUCCAGAUCCGACAGCAGAACCAGAACUUCCUGCUGGGAACCGGGCUCAAAGUCCAGGAGUCUUUCCCGUCCGUCAGUGACAUCAUCGGCCAUUACUCCCACUCCCCUCUGCUCCUGAUCGAUGCGAAGAACCGCGGCUCCGGCCAGCAGAACCAGUGUGUGCUCUCCGACCCGGCCGGGUACUACCUGAGCGGACAGAGCUGGUCCUGACGGCGAGGCCCGGACGUGUCCAACUAAACCCAACAGGCAGAUUGAAGAUGAAUGUCGGCCCCGGACCGCGGCACUGGGAGCACUGGGAGCUUUUGCACGUUGCUUCAUUUACUUGUUUUCGGCCCGUUUGCAUUCACAGUUUGCAGCUUUGUGUCGGUUCUGUUCUGGGACAAUAAAGAGUUCUGUGUGACGCUACUUCCUGUACAAGAUGCUGUAUUUCUGUCAUAUUCACCUAUAUUCACAUUCAAACUAACUCUGGUUGUAUCUCCGACUGUUCACACACAGUCUGUCUGUAUUCACUGUCAGUGUGUCACACUCAUUAAAACAUCAGGAAACAA